AUGGAAGGUCCCUGCCUGGGCGACCGGAUUGCCUUGGAGACGUGGGCCAGCAAGAUCGCCGUGCGGCUCAGCCUCUCCUCAGGCGAGGUGUCGUGCCCGGAAGCGCCGCUCCCACUCCACGUCCUGGCUCCUAGGUUUGGGUAUCUGCACCUGUUCGCCCGGCAGGCCUUCGACUUUUUUGAGAGGUUUAUGAUAAGCCAGCAGCGGUACACGCCCUACUUUGCCUACAAAGGUCUGCCACUGCCCUGGCACAUUCCAGCAGGUGUCCUGUAUGACCUCCUUGCAGAUGGGGAACAACCCUGGGAUAUCAUGGUACACUUCCCAACCUCACUUCCCACAACGCUGCUGCCAUGGAAUGAUGAGGAGGACUUCAAGCUGAGUCCAUUGAGGGAUGUAUUUUUUGGCAGUCUCAAGGAGGCCGCAUUCAUUUGCCAGGGAACAUCCAAUGCUGUGAAUAUGAUGGACAUCUCCAACAGAGACAGCCUCUGGCAGAGUGUGAAGUCCACAGACUGGGAGGGGUACAAGAGCUCUACGAGCUCCAUUAGCCUCGAUCCUGUGCCAUCGCAGAAAAACUGCAGCCCCCCAAAGAUUCCCACCCGGGUGUAUCUCAGAACAGGGGCUGCACGGCUGGAAUGGCGCGAGAUGGUGAAGAGUACGUCAAGACCUGUUCCUGGAAAGCACGAAUCAGAGCCGCCCACCUUCCCAACCCUGCUGGAGACACUGAAGGACGUGCUGCCUUCGAUCCCGUGGUACCUGGUUAGCAACUGCAGCAUCCCUGCAGGCAGCGUACCACCAGGUGAACCGGCUAGGACGGCGGCAGAUUCCACUGGGGCAAGUGCAUCGGAGGCGGGGAGCCGUGAAGGGGAACCUGAGGCCGCCGGUGUCAGCGGUGAGCUGCAGGGAGGGGGGGGCAAUGUCCAGGCCAUGGAGGCCAUGGCUGCGCGGAGGGCUGUGGGUAGGGUGGACGUGCUUGUGGGCGGGAUCCGGCCGCCGUUGGAGACACCUAUCGCCUGGCUACAUGCCAAGAUGCGUGCUCCAGACAGUUUCUUGUACAUCGUCGUGAGGAGGGAGUAG